CUCAAUUUCCUAAACACAAGAGCAUUAAAAAUGUCAUAACAAAACAGACAUCUUUAAAUCCAUGUAAUAUUUACGAAACAUGCCAUAAAUCAGCGAAGAAUACCUUAAAAAUAUUAAACAAAACAUCUAUUAACAUAACACAAAUGAACGGUUACCAGUAUGAUCUGCUUAAUUGCGUUCACGCUUCAAGCUUGGAAUGUAUAAACCUCUUAUAUGGUAUAAACCGUACUAAAUAGUAAAUCAUAGACUGGUAUAAACGCAAAAGAAGAAAAGCAGUUACAACAUUGCCCUCUGCUGGUAGAUUUGAUUUACUUCAUUUGUCGCUCACUUAUGACGUCAAUCGCGUGUGUUUUUCCAGCAUGGUGACCUUCUUCCUGUGAAAGCAGCCGGAUUUAGGAGAUUCACGCUGUGCUAUAUAUUCAGCAGGUAUGCAUAGUGUAUUUAAUAACUGCAGUUUUUUUUCUAGGCUUGUUUCACUGAAUGGGCUCUUCAGGACAUCGUCCUGCUUUGCAUUGCUUAUCUAUUAUCUCAUAAUCUGGAGUAAUGGCUGUGCAAAUGCCCCUUGGUGGAUUUCUGUGUAUGCACAGACUGGUGAGAAUGUGCACAUCCAGUCAAAGGCAUCUCAGACACAGGGACGUGCUUGUAAGACUCACUAAAAGAAGAAGUGAGAUCAGAACUUUUUCCACUGGUCUUGUUAAAUGUAAAGAGAGUGAGCAUGAGGACUCGGACUCUUCAGGCCUGAGCGCCGAGCUGACAUCCAGACAAGCACCUCCGGCCAGGAGGAGCAGACCCCUGUCCCCUCUGGAGAGGAUCAGUGGUCUGCUGCCCCGGGACGCCCUGAGUCCCGAGGUGAUGCAGCUGAGAGAGCAGAACCAGCAGGAAGCCGAGGAGGACGCCAACGUCCAGGAGUCAUUCGCACAAUCCACACAAGAGCAAAGCGGACAUCCCGAGACACCUGCAGGAACUGAGGCUACACCUAAAGAGGAUGAAUCAGAUAACGAUCAUUCAUCGGAUGCCACUACAGAACCGAGCACUUCAGAGAGGUUGAUACCAGCCACUCUCCCGGGGGAGAGCUUGCUUGUGCCCGGGGAGCUGCUCGUCGCUGAGCUUUAUAAGAAAGGGCGGAUGGAGUACAGGAAGAUGUUCAAUCUUCAGACGGGGACUCGUCUGCACAGCAGCUGGGGAUUUAUCCCGCAUGACGACAUAGCCGGGCAGCCUGCGGGUCAGUUCCUGAAGACAAGCCUGGGCGCCCCCGUCCUCAUCCGUCGUGCCAGUCUGGAGGAUUAUGUGCUGUAUAUGAAGAGGGGGCCUGCCAUCGCCUACCCAAAGGAUGCCGCCAGGAUGCUGAUGAUGAUGGACGUCACCGAGGGAGACCGUGUGCUCGAGUCAGGCUCUGGGUCAGGGGCCAUGUCUUUGUUCCUGUCCAGAGCAGUCGGUUCUAAGGGCAGCGUGCUGAGUCUGGAGGUCAGGGAGGACCACCACAGGAGAGCCACGUUGAACUACAAGCGCUGGAGGACAUCGUGGAACCUGCGGCGGGGGGAGGAGUGGCCCGACAACGUCCAGUUUCACAAGGCUGACCUCUGCACGGCUUCCUCGCUCCUCGCUGGUCAGGGAUUCCACUCGGUUGCUCUUGACCUGAUCAACCCUCACCUGGUUUUAACCACUGUGAUUCCGCACCUGCACCCUGGAGCUGUGUGUGCCGUCUACCUCGCCAAUAUAACACAGGUCAUUGACCUGCUGGAGGGCCUCCGGUGUUUGCCACUCCCUUUGUUGUGUGAACACAUCAUUGAGGUUCCAGUCCGACACUGGUUGGUGGCCCCCGCCCUGCAGAAAAACAGGCAGUACUGCACCAGGAAAGAUCCGGCCCUGGAGGAAGACGGCGGUGAAGAGGAGACGACGGCAGAUGAAACUGACAAAGACUUGACCACAGACGAACAGCCAGCCUUUGGGAGUAUUCCUUACAUUGCCAGACCUCACCCUGAACAAUUAGGCCACACAGCUUUUCUGGUGAAACUGAGGAAGUGUUUUCAGUAACUGCCCUUCCUUUAAGGAACCCUGGACAAGGAUGAUUGUGUUAUGCUUCAAUAUGUCAACUAAAUGACUGUAAAUCUGGAAAAUAAAAUAAAAAACAACAUUACAAUAUCAA